AUGAGUCGGCAAAUUCGAUCGAAGGAAGAUUUGGAGAACACAAUUAAAAUCGCCGCCCAUCGGCUGGUUAUCAUCCAGUUCACUGCUAAAUGGUGUGGGGCCAGUCAAAUGAUCUCUUCCGCUUGGGAGUCGAUGCGUAAAGAAUUCCCGGUUUACACUUUCGUUCGAGUGGAUGUGGAUGCGACACCGGAUGCAGCUCAGGCGUACGGUGUGACAUCAACCCCGGCAUUCGUAUUCAUGAAAGACAGUCUUAAACUGGAUAGCUUUUGCGGAGCAAACGAAUCUCGAUUGAGGGAUACCAUUCUGCGACACCGACGACCUUCUCUGUGUGUCUCCCGUUAG